ACACGUGGCUCAGCCCCCCCCCCAAAAAGGCACUCCCCGCCGGCGAAAGGGGGCAGUUCGUACCUCAGCCCCUGCAGAGGUGCCGUCGGUCCGGUCCGAUCCGGACGGUCGGUCGGUGGGUGCCGGUGCGCAAGUGGCCGCCGGUGGCUGCGUGAACGGCGGAGGCUCCCGCCCCUGCGGAGGCAGUCCCAGGUUCGGGGGGGGGCCCUACCUGCCGGCGCUAUGAACCUGACAGCCGAGAGUCACCGCAUCCCGCUGAGCGACGGGAACAGCAUCCCCCUCUUGGGGCUGGGCACCUACGCCGACCCCCAGAAAACUCCCAAAGGUACCUGUUUGGAGUCGGUGAAGAUUGCCAUUGAUACUGGUUACCGUCAUAUCGACGGUGCCUUUGUCUACUACAAUGAGCAUGAAGUGGGACAAGCCAUCCGGGAGAAGAUUGCUGAAGGAAAGAUCAAGCGAGAAGACAUCUUUUACUGUGGCAAGCUGUGGAAUACCUGCCAUCCCCCAGAGCUGGUGCGUCCCACGCUGGAGAAAACGCUGAAAAUCCUGCAGCUGGACUACGUUGAUCUUUACAUUAUUGAGCUGCCAAUGGCUUUCAAGCCUGGAGACGCAAUCUAUCCAAAAGAUGAAAAUGGAAAAUUUAUCUACCAUGAGACAGACUUAUGUGCCACUUGGGAGGCUAUGGAAGCAUGUAAAGAUGCAGGCUUGGCAAAGUCUAUUGGAGUAUCCAAUUUCAACCGCAGGCAGCUGGAGAUGAUCCUGAACAAGCCAGGACUUAAGUACAAACCUGUCAGCAACCAGGUCGAAUGCCAUCCCUAUUUCACCCAACCCAAACUCUUAGAAUAUUGCAGACAACACGACAUUGUUAUUGUUGGGUACAGCCCAUUGGGAACCUCAAGGGAUGAAACCUGGGUUAAUGUGUCCUCCCCUCCUUUACUGAAGGAUCCUGUGCUGAAUGCCAUUGGCAAAAAGUACAACAAGACAGCCGCACAGGUUGCUUUGCGUUUCAGCAUCCAGCGAGGGGUAGUGGUCAUCCCAAAAAGCUUCAAUCCACAACGCAUCAGAGAGAAUUUCCAGAUCUUUGAUUUCUCCCUCACUGAGAAAGAGAUGAAAGAAAUUGAAGCCCUGAACAAAAACGUUCGUUAUGUGGAGCUGUUAAUGUGGCGUGACCAUCCAGAGUAUCCCUUCAGCGAUGAAUACUGAAAACAAGGUGUGUUCGAGCAGGUUCCUAACUCAGUGCCAUUAGGCUUCGCUGAAAGAGACUCAGUGUUUGGUGCUUUGACUUUAUGGGAGACUGUUGAAAUCUGCAUUAAAAACAUUACAUUUGCUUCCUCUUA